AUGCCUCUCGAGCUCCCGCCCCUCUCGUCUACCGCCGCCGACCACGACUGGCGCUACACCGCAGAGGGCGGCGCCAACCUCGUCCUGUCCUUCUCCGGCACACACACCUCGCCUUUCGCCCACCACGUCCUCCGCCUCCGCAAGCGCAAGCUCACCCCGACCACUCGACGCGCCGACGACGCCGUUCCGAGCGACGUCGACGUCGACUUUGGCGCAAGCGUCGUCGCGCCUUUGCUCGGGCCCACCAGCGUCGUCGACAUGCGCAAGGUCGAGCUCGAGCGGCCCUGGCUCGACGAGCUCGUGCGUGCGCUGCGCGAGGAGGACCUCGUCGCAGGCGACGGUGUCCUUGCCGUCGAGAUCAAGCCCAAGUGGGGUUUCCUGCCCGCGCGCUCGUGCCUCUCGCCCGACACCGCCGACAUCAAGUCGCACUACUGCCGCACCUGCAUGCACUGUUACCACAAGAGCCGCAAGUCGGGCGACCAUGCCGGCUCGGGCGACGACGACGACGGCUUCUGCCCGCUCGACCUGUACAGCGGCGACGUUCAUCGGACGACGAGCGCCGUGACGCAGCUCUACCGCUCAUGGAAAGCGAGCAACGGCUCGCUCAACAACCUGCGCGUGUUCUACGAGGGCAAGAGGGUCUCGCCGGACCAGUUUCUCGACUCGCACUCUCUACACGACGUCCUUGCUCGUCACGCGUCGUCCAUAGACGGCGCCCUCAGCCCCGACGUCGACCUCGACCCGGCCGCGUCGACCUUCUGCACCUCUCUCGCACACGCCCUCGUCGCCUCGCCUCUCCUGCGCACCCUCGCCCACUUUCAGUCCUCGCUCGACGCGCUCGACAUCGAGGGCCUCGCCGCGCUCCUCCUCGCGCACCCGGCGACGCGAGCCGACCUCGUCGCGCCGGCGGAUAAAGCCGCCGCCGAGGUCACCAAGCUCGGAGCGCAGCCGGCGCUCGCCGAGUGGGAGGCGUUCAUCGCGCGCCUCGGCCCUGCCCUGUCGCAAGGGCGCGACGCGGCCGCCGUCGCGCUGCGCGAGGGCCCGCCUCGCGACGCCGUCCUCGCGUACCUCCUCUCGGCGACGCUCAAGGACUGCUCGCUCAUCGUGCGGGUCCCGCCUCGCGACGGCAGCGGCGCCGUCACGGUCAAGGCGAUCGACCUCGACCCGAAGCCGAUCGUGCGCAUGGGCAAGUACGCGAGGCUGGACGGCGAGAUUGUGCAGAGCUGGAGCGAGAGGAUCGAGCGGCUCGCCGAGGGCGACGAGCUCAGGCGGUGCAAGGUGUAGCCGAGCCUCUCGUGCAGUGCAGUACACGUGCCGCGAG